GAGCGCAGAAAGGUUCUAAACUUGGCCAAGUACAAUUAUUGACAUCACUACAACACUUCAUCCAAGAAUCACAACAAUGUCUUCCACAGCAUAUAGCACCAAUGUCACAACACGCCACAUUUGAUCCAUCAUUACAACAUUGUUUGCUAGCGGAACAACAUAUUGUAUUUCCACAACAUUUAGUACCAGCGGGGCAGGGAAGUCAACAUAAUUUUAAAAUUAUUUUGGCGGAAAGCGAUCAUGAACUUAAGAUUAGAAUUUUAGAUGAUGAAAGUGAAUAUAACUCACAGAUUCAAGAUUUAAUAACGAACUUGAUGUGUUAA